UUGGGAAGCUAAAAUCCCAAGUCAGAAAGCAAUAAUAAAAAGCCUGCUGUUUUAAAAUUUAUUAAGAAGGGAGUCCUGAUACGCUAUCCUCCUCUUAAAGCACAUCAAGAUUUUCUUCACUUCACUCACCCUUCUGCGAUCUCUCUCUCUCUCUCCACCCCACCUUCUUCUUCUCCAACUGUAAAAAGUCGUAUGAGAUCAUCUUGUUUUACCUUUUCUUUGUUCUAAUAAAGUGAUAACAGGCAGAAGGAAUCACGACCCAAUCAGAAAACAAGAUGCAGAGCUUCAAAGCAGCUUCAACCAACCCAGAGUUCUACUCCCACUCGUCCUUCUAUUUCAGUAUGCAGAUUUUCAGCAGUAAAAAUAACCCAGUUGCUCUGUUUUUUCCGCGGUGUGAAAAAACAGGGGAGACGACAGUGACCGGAACCAAACGCGUUUUGCGGAUCUUGGAGAGCUUGAACAGUCCGCUACCGCCUUCCCUCACGAUGAUGCUGUUGUUUUAUGCCCAAGCGCAGGCUCCAUGUUCAGCUUAAAAGCAAACAAUGUUAGUGUUGUACCUGAUGGCCUGCACUACGGUGCGUUGAACGUUGGGGGAUGUUUGGACAUAGGCUCCACCAUAACCGGAACAGGAGGAGGGGGAGGGUGUGUGGACACAGGACAGCAGCAACCAUACAUGUACCAGCAGCAGAAAGGAACGACGUCGUCUGGAAAUGGACACUUUGAGAAUUGGGGUGAUAAUUCAGCCAUGGCUGACAACAGCCAGCAGACUGACACUUCAACGGAUGUUGACACCGAUGACAAAAACCAACUUCAUGGAGUGCAGCAUGGAGCACUAGUGGUAGUGGAUUCCAUGGAGCAGGCAAAGGAAAGAACUGGUGAUCAAAAGACGCUACGUAGGCUGGCCCAGAACAGAGAAGCUGCAAGGAAGAGUCGACUAAGGAAGAAAGCAUAUGUCCAGCAGCUGGAAAAUAGUCGACUUAGGCUUUCGCAGCUGGAGCAAGAGCUUCAGCGAGCCCGCCAGCAGGGUAUAUUUAUUGCAAAUGGACUUCCAGGGGAUUAUGGUCAUUCAGUGGCAGGAAAUGGGGCCUUAACAUUUGACUUGGAGUAUGCACACUGGCUUGAGGAACAUCAGCGGCUAAUACAUGAUAUGCGAUCAGCUGUGAAUUGCCAUAUGGGAGAUAAUGAAUUGCGGAUUCUCGUUGAUAGUGUAAUGACACAUUAUGAUGAGAUAUUCAGGUUGAAGAGCAUCGCUGCCAAGACUGAUGUGUUUCACAUGCUCUCUGGCAUGUGGCAGACGCCCACUGAAAGGUGUUUUAUGUGGUUGGGUGGAUUCCGCUCCUCUGAACUUCUCAAGAUACUUGGGAACCACCUUGAGCCUUUAACAGAUCAACAGUUGAUGGGAGUAUGCAAUCUGCAGCAAUCGUCCCAACAGGCUGAAGAUGCCUUGUCACAAGGAAUGGAAGCUCUACAACAAUCUCUUGUGGAGACACUUUCCUCGGCGAAUCAUUGCCCCACGGGUUCUGGUAAUGUUGCCGACUACAUGGGCCAAAUGGCAAUUGCUAUGGGAAAGCUGGCCACACUUGAGAAUUUCCUUUACCAGGCCGACCUUUUGAGACAGCAGACUCUGCAACAAUUGCAUAGGAUUCUGACCACUCGCCAAGCAGCUCGCGCCCUUCUUGUCAUCAGUGACUACUUCUCUCGUCUCCGAGCACUCAGUUCUUUGUGGCAAGCGCGUCCUAGGGACUAAUGCUGAUCACUCCCAGCUAGACCGCCCUGCUUUAGGAAUUACGAAAAAUUAAAUCUGCAAUUUCCCCACUAUUAGUAAACCAGCUCCAGUGCUGAGACCAUGAAGAUGGUUGAACUAUCAAAAACGUAAAUCAGGCACUUGAGACCCCGUUUCCCCCCUUGCAUAUGAUGCUUUUCCAAAUGUCGACUAUUAGGAAGGGUUCGGAUGGUAUUUGUCUAACAUGUAAUUAAGUAAAAGAAUGUCUUCUUUGGCAUGGGUGAGUGGAUGUAUACUAAUUUAACAUUAUGCUUACACUAAUCGCAUCAGAUUGUCAGUGGGGACUGACGACUGAGCAUUUUUGGAGAUGUUGACGAACUGGCAAGUUGUUCCCUUGGCUUUUAAACGGGUCUCGCCUAAUAUUUAAAGGGUAAUGAUUUGCAUUA